AUGCUCGGGCACUCGACAACGGGGGCAAUUCACCUGGUGCGGAGACUGGUGGAACAGUAUAGAAAAAGUAAGAAGGAUUUGGACAUGCAGUUUAUCGACUUGGAUAAGGUGUACGAAAAAGUCCCUAGGGAGGUUCUUUGGAGAUGCUUGAAGGCGAGUGGGGUCCCGAUGGCGUGUCGCAGAGAAAUCAAGGACAUGUAUGAUGGAUCUAAUACCCAGGUGAGGACAGCAAGAAGAGAUUUAGAGCAUUUACCUGUCUUGACAGGGUUGCACCACGGAUCUACUCUUAUCCCAUUUUUGUUUGCUUUGGUAAUAGAUGUGUUGACGUGGCGUAUUCAAGGAGAGGUGCCAUGGUGUAUGCUUUUUGCAGUUGAUGUAGUUUUGAUCAUGAGACGCGGGGAGGUAUGA